AUGACCAGCCACUCGCCCGUGCGCAAUCACAAGCGCCCCACGCCGCAGAAUCCAGGUGUAGCCUUUCUGCAAGCACACGAGCGCUCUGCGUCCCCAUCCGUGCGCGACAGGCAGGCGCGAUCUGCGAAGGCGCAGUCUAUUGCCCAUUAUGCAAGGCUACCCAAGCCCCGGCGGACAGCCCUCCAAUCCGAGCCCGACGAUGGGCGCGGGCCCGACCAUCGGCGCGGCACCCCAGUUCCAGUCAAAUCCCACCCAGAUCCAGAGGCUACUUCCCACCCCGCCACACCCCUCGACCAGAAUGGCGUCCCCCAACCACCACCGCCCCAGCAUAGCAACAGCAUGCCGAAUUCCUACGGGCAGGCCGGCAACGAUUGUCAACAUCUCCAGAUGACGCCCGGGCUCGAGGCGGACAUCCAGCGCGCGCACGACAUGCAGCAGCUCGCGUACGGUACAGCCCCGGCGACCUCGUUCUCCUUCCCAAGAGAGUCGUACAUGAAGGACCCCGCGGUCGAGCGGCUGCGCACCUCGGAGCGACACAAUCCCCGGCAGGGCGCACUCAGUCUCGAGCCGCACGGGCACGGUGGGAGCCAUCAGGGUUCGCCGUCGUCGACCAAGCAGCCCAUGAUGCCGCCCGAGCGAUGCGGCUCGCCUGCCUUUGUCACGCCGAUGAGCUCUCCUGGCGAGCAGAGCGCGGCGUAUCGCCCGGAGUACUUGCCCAAUGGGCUGUCAACGCCCUCGCGGCACAACACUGUGACAGGCGCACCCGUCGCCGAGACGCGGCCCAUGUAG